AUGUCAGAACUGCAGAUCAUAGGACUUGGAGGAAACAGGUUUUCAGGUACUCUACCUUCAGAUUUAGGCUGUCGACUGCCCAACCUGGAAAAAUUUUCUUGUAGAAAUAAUCAUUUGAGCGGUUUUAUCUCGUCUUCAAUCUCAAAUUCUUCAAGACUCACAGGACUUGAUCUCUCAUGGAAUAGUUUCACAGAUCCAAUUCCUGAAUCACUUGGUAACUUAGAAUAUCUUGAGAUUUUACACUUGGGGAGUAAUAAUUUUUUCAGUGAUUCAGCAUUGAGCUUCCUUACAUCACUCACAAACUGUAGGAAACUAAGAAUACUCAAAUUUGAUCGGAAUCCGUUGGACGGUGUUUUUCCUGCAUCAGUUGGAAAUUUUUCUGCUAUGCAAAUUUUUGAAGGACAGGGUUGUAAACUGAAGGGCGUCAUUCCUGAAGAAAUUGGUAAUCUUACUGGAAUGACAAGGAUGAGUCUGCAAAACAAUGAGUUGGCUGGACAUAUUCCAAAAACUAUCCAAAGAAUGUUGAACCUUCAAGAACUUUACCUGCAAAGCAACAAGAUAGAAGGACUGAUACCAGAUAUUAUCUGCAAUUUAAAGAGUCUUGGUGCAUUAGACUUAUCAGGAAAUCAUUUUUCUGGUUCAGUGCCACCAUGCUUAGGAAGUGUUACCAGUUUGAGGAAACUUUAUCUAGCUAACAACAGGUUGUAUUCAAGAUUACCUGCAAGCUUAGGGAGCCUUCAAGAUCUCAUAGAAUUCAAUGUUUCGUCCAAUUUAUUCAGUGGGCAAAUACCUUUAGAGAUUGGAAAUUUAAAGGCUGCAACACUCAUUGAUCUGUCAAAAAAUGAUUUUUCUGGUGAGAUCCCCAACAUCUUAGGGUACCUUGAUAAAUUGAUCAAACUUUCUCUAGCACAUAAUAGAUUAGACGGGCCUAUCCCGGAUUCAUUUGGCAAAAUGCUGGCCUUGGAAUACUUGGAUUUGUGCAAUAACAAUCUUAGUGGUGAAAUUCCAAAGUCAUUAGAAGCUCUUGUGUAUCUGAAAUACUUGAAUUUCUCAUUUAAUAAACUCAGUGGAGAGAUUCCCACUGGAGGUCCUUUUGCAAAAUUCACAAGUCAGUCUUUCUUGUCCAAUAAUGCUCUCUGUGGUGAUUCUAAGUUUCAUGUGUCACCAUGUGUCAUCAAAUCUACCAAGAGGUCAAAGAGGAAAAAGACAAUCUUGGUUUUGUACGUCCCUUUGGGAGUGGGCCUGCUUUUUCUUGCAUUAGCCCUUGCAUAUGUAUUUUUAAGAUUGCGAAAGAAAAAGAAGAAUGCAGGUCAAGCAGAUGUGUCAUUGGUAAAGGGGCAUGAAAGAAUUUCCUAUUAUGAACUUGAACAAGCAACAGAAGGAUUCGGUGAAAGCAACUUGAUUGCUAAUGGGAGUUUCAGCAUGGUCUAUAAAGGGAUACUUAAGGAUGGUACUCUUUUAGCAGCAAAGGUAUUCAAUGUGCAAUUAGAGGGUGCAUUCAAAAGUUUUGACACAGAAUGUGAGAUGCUAAGAAACCUCCGCCAUCGAAAUCUUACCAAAGUCAUCACUAGUUGCUCCAACCCUAACUUCAAAGCCUUAGUAUUGGAAUACAUGCCUAAUGGGACACUUGAUAAAUGGCUAUACUCUCACAACUUGUUCUUGGAUUUAUUGCAGAGAUUAAAUAUAAUGAUAGAUGUUGCAUCUGCAAUGGACUAUCUCCACAAUGGCUAUUCAACACCUGUGGUGCAUUGUGAUUUGAAGCCAAGCAAUGUCUUGCUAGAUCAAGAUAUGGUUGGCCAUGUCACUGAUUUUGGCAUCGCAAAAUUGUUAGGUGCAGGGGAGGCUUUUGUACAAACUAGGACAAUUGCAACCAUUGGAUAUAUUGCUCCAGAGUAUGGACAAGAUGGUUUAGUAUCCAUGAGCUGCGAUGUAUAUAGUUUUGGCAUCAUGAUGAUGGAGACAUUUACAAGAAUGAGACCAAGUGAUGAAAUAUUUACUGGAGACUUGAACAUACGACAGUGGGUUAGUGAUUCUUUUCUAAGUGAGAUUCAUAAGGUGGUGGAUGCAAAUCUGGUACAACCAGGGGAUGAACAAACCGACGCAAAGAUGCAGUGUAUGUUAUCUGUCAUGGAAUUAGCUUUGAGCUGCACUUCGGUGACACCUGAUGCAAGAAUUAGUAUGAAAGAUGCUCUUUCAACCCUCAAAAAGAUCAAGCUCCAGUUUGUCAAUAGUCGCCACUAG